UUGCAAUAAAAUCUUUGAUGUUUUACUUUAAUUUUUGAAACUAUUAUAAAAAACAUUUAUCAAACUAAACAACCAUGCCUGUGGAUUGCCAAAGGUCGACAUCUGGUGGGAAGGGGAAUUUCGGGAUGUUCAUAGAAAGAGACAAAAACAUCUGUGCUGCUGGUCUACCUACUGCUCAACCUGACGAUAAGGUAUCAGAUUCCUUAGAGCACUACCUUCUCAAAGAUGAAGUGGACGCUCUCAUUCAUGACUCCAUCAUCCCGCCAAAACCACCCAGACCACUUCCACCCUUGCGUAAACCAAUACCCCACGAUACAAGAUUUGCGGGUCCCUUCUGUGAUAUGGCAAAACUUAUUAACCCUCGUAACAAAACUAAAUUCGAAACCCUCGUCGAAGACUUCAAAGAGACCGCCUAUAAAUCUUACUGGAAAGCGCCACUUGGACAAGUUCAAGAUCCUGCUCCGAUGUUGCCAGAAGGAUUUGACAAACAAGGAACUACAUUUGGAAAGAAAACGCCUUUCCAUGGACGUCUCUACGAUAUUGUUAUGCCCAGAGAACCAUACCCUGAUAAGACGCCUGAAUCGAAGAAAGCUGGUGUUCAAUACAAAUAUAAAUAUUGUGAGCCUGCUUAUAAUGGUGACUUAACUUACGGCCAUAGAACUUACGUAGAUAAACGAGGAACUUAUGCAAGGUGCUGUGUCACUGACGAUAGAGUGAAGUUGGGCACAGGUGGCCGGACUAUAAUUAAUACUGUACAAGCUAAUUUCCAAGAUGCAAAACAGCCUAGAAUCGGCACUGUUUUGGCUCCAAAUGACAACAUCCUAAAUGUACCAAAAGGUUACUCGUUUGGCAUACUAAAACCACCCGAUAAUCUUCCAGAGUGCCUUACAUUUUGUCAAUUAAAUUCAGGAAGAGAGUUUUUCAAAAAAUGUCUAAAGCAUCUCAACUCGUUGAGAAAAUGUUUAUCUAAACGUUUUUUGCCGACAUUCUUCCGCACGUUUUAUUUGAAUCUUAAGUACUUUGAUCAAGAGAAAUCUGGGUGGCUGCCAAAACAAGUUGUAUACGACUAUUGUGGAACAAAGCUUAUACGGUUUGACCCUGCUUUGAUAGAGCCUUUGUUGGACAUGUGGAGAGCGUUUGAUAAUUCUACAAAUAGAAUAGAGUACAAGACUUUCGUUCAUGUCCUUAAUUACAGAGAACCUUCGCCGGAGAUUCCAAAAAUACCUGACUUGCCUGCUGAUUGUUUAGAUUUUAGAACGACUUAUACGGAAAUGGUAAAGCCAGGGAAGCCACCGGACCUAACCCCUAUGGCCGGGCUACCCUCAGGGCGGUAUUUUGAUUUGGACUUUCCUAUAUCGCCUGAACGUUGUUGCAGAGCCGACAGAACUUGUUUACCACAUGAAUCAGAUAUGAAAUCUUGCUUAAGCCCUAGUGUACUGACAUUGCUUCAUGUGAAUCAUCGAGAUAUGUAUGCUAAACGUGAACCAGACGUAGUGCGCAGAGUUUUUGAAGCAGCUGGUGAAAAGUUUACAGAUGAAGGUUUUAACGCUAUUUGGGAAGAAGCAAAAAAACACCAUUCUCAAGGUUGGGUUUGUUUCGAAACAUUUCGUCGAACUUUGGAAGCUAAUCCUAAUCGAGGAGAGGCUAAAAAUGAUGAGAGUUCAUAGUUUUUAAC